AUGGUGAGCCAGUUGGUAUGGCAGCGAGCCGCCGCUUCACGCAGGCAGCUGGUCGGACGCCUGUCCCCGCAACGCCUUGCUCGUGGUAUGGCCACCGAAGCCGCCUCCUCGCGUAUGCCGCCCUACCCCAAGAUUGUCCGCAACCUCGAACAGGUUCGCAAGGUUCUGGGCUCUGAGCGUGCUCUCACUCUGGCUGAGAAGAUCCUUUACGCCCACUUGGAUAACCUCGAGGAGUCACUCCUCUCAGGUACCAACAAUGGCCGUGAUAUCCGUGGUCAGGCCAAUCUGAAGCUGAAGCCCGAUCGCGUGGCCAUGCAGGAUGCCUCUGCGCAGAUGGCUCUUCUGCAGUUCAUGUCCUGUGGUCUUCCUUCGACUGCGGUUCCCGCCAGUAUUCACUGCGACCACAUGAUUGUUGGUGAGCGUGGCGCUGAUACCGAUCUGCCCGCGUCCAUUAAGGGUAACAGCGAGGUUUUCGACUUCCUGGAGAGUGCUGCCAAGCGCUAUGGUAUUGAGUUCUGGCCCCCGGGUGCCGGUAUCAUUCAUCAGAGCGUUCUGGAGAACUACGCCGCUCCCGGUCUGAUGAUGCUGGGUACCGACAGUCACACCCCUAAUGCUGGUGGUCUUGGUGCCAUUGCUAUUGGUGUGGGCGGUGCCGAUGCCGUCGAUGCGCUGGUUGAUGCUCCCUGGGAGCUUAAGGCCCCUAAAAUCCUCGGUGUUCGUCUUGAGGGCCGCCUCAGCGGCUGGGCCUCACCUAAGGACAUCAUUCUGCACUUGGCUGGCAAGCUGACUGUCCGCGGUGGUACUGGCUUCAUCAUUGAGUACCACGGUCCUGGUGUUGAGACUCUCAGCUGCACUGGUAUGGCUACUUGCUGUAAUAUGGGUGCUGAGGUCGGUGCCACCACCUCGCUUUUCCCCUUCUCUCCGAGCAUGAUCCCCUACCUCGAGGCGACUCACCGUGGUCACGUCGCCCAGGCUGCUGCUGAGAUUGCUGCUUCUGGUCCUGGUAACCUGCUGCGUGCUGACAGCAAGGCUGAAUACGAUCAAUUGAUCACUAUCAACCUGUCGGAGCUCGAGCCUCACAUCAACGGCCCCUUCACUCCCGACUUCUCUGUUCCCCUGUCCAAGUUCGCCGACACGGUCCGCGAGAAGCAGUGGCCCGAGACUUUUGGAGCUGGACUCAUCGGUAGCUGCACAAACUCCUCGUACGAGGACAUGACCCGUGCUGAGCACUUGGUCAAGCAGGCCUCCGCUGCCGGUCUCAAGCCCAAGGCGGACUUCUUUAUCACUCCUGGCAGUGAGCAGAUCCGUGCCACUCUUGAUCGCGACCAGACCCUGAACACCUUCUCUGAGGCCGGCGGUAUCGUGCUUGCUAACGCUUGCGGUCCUUGCAUUGGCCAGUGGAACCGCACCGAUGAGGUCCCGAAGGGUGAGGACAACGCCAUCUUCACCUCGUACAACCGUAACUUCCCUGGUCGUAACGAUGGCAAUCGCCGCACCAUGAACUUCCUGGCCUCUCCCGAGCUCGUCACUGCUCUCGCCUACUCUGGCAAGACGACUUUUAACCCCAUGACCGACUCCCUGACCACUCCCAAUGGCGAGACUUUCAAGUUCCAGCCUCCUCAGGGCUCGAACCUGCCCAGUGCCGGCUUCGAGGAGGGCAACCCCAACUUCCUGCCUACUGCUGCCGUUCCUAACCCUGAUGUUGAGGUCAAGGUGUCCCCGACUUCGGACCGCCUGGCUCUAUUGGAGCCCUUCGCCCCCUUCCCCAAGGGUGAUCUGUCUGGCCUUCAAGUUCUCUACAAGGUUAAGGGCCAGUGUACCACCGAUACCAUCUCCGCGGCCGGUCCGUGGCUCAAGUACAAGGGCCACUUGCCCAACAUCUCUGCCAACACCCUGAUCGGUGCCGUCAACGCCGCCACUGGCGAGACCAACGUCGCUUACGACGAGAGCGGAAACAAGUUUGGUAUCCCCGAGCUGGCCGAGCAGUGGAAGCAGCGCGGUAUUGAGUGGCUCGUCGUCGCCGAGGAUAACUACGGUGAGGGUUCCGCCCGUGAGCACGCCGCCCUGCAGCCUCGUUACCUCGGUGGUCGCGUGAUUGUCUCCAAGAGCUUCGCCCGUAUCCACGAGACCAACCUGAAGAAGCAGGGUGUUGUUCCCCUGACUUUCGCCAAUCGCGAGGACUACGACCGCAUCGAUGCCUGCGACAAGGUUGACACCGUCGGUCUUUACGACACCCUGCAAGCCGGUGGUAACGGCGAGAUUCAGCUGCGUGUUACCAAGCGUAAGACCGGCGAGUCCUUCAUGAUUCCCGUCAAGCACACCCUGAGCAAGGACCAGAGCUCUUUCAUCCUUGCGGGCAGUGCUCUGAACCUGCUGGCCAAGAAGGCCAACGCACAAUAA